AAGCGCAGAGUGAAGGGGAGGUGCCAGCCCGCGAUUCCCGCCCGAGCUCUGGACUUGAGUUUCCUCACCACCAAAAUGAAUCUCAGCGCAAAGGCAACUGGUCGGUCUGCAGCCAGCGCCACGGGCCGACCUCACACGAGCAUCAGCUGGACCAAGCGGAGUGAUGCCAUCUGUAAUUUUGUUAUCUGCAAUGACUCUUCCCUUCGAGGGCAGCCCAUUAUCUUCAAUCCUGACUUUUUUGUGGAGAAACUCCGACAUGAGAACCCUGAAGUGUUCACCGAGUUGGUGGUCAGCAAUAUCACAAGGCUCAUUGACUUACCUGGAACAGAGUUGGCUCAGCUGAUGGGGGAAGUGGACCUUAAGUUGCCUGGCGGGGCUGGCCCAGCAGCGGGAUUCUUCCGGUCUCUAAUGUCUCUCAAGCGAAAGGAAAAAGGAGUGGUGUUUGGAUCCCCAUUGACAGAGGAAGGCAUUGCCCAGAUAUACCAACUGAUUGAGUAUCUACACAAAAACUUGAGAGUAGAGGGUUUGUUUAGAGUACCAGGGAAUAGUGUCCGACAGCAGAUUUUAAGAGAUGCUCUCAAUAGUGGAACUGAUAUUGACUUGGAAUCGGGGGAGUUUCAUUCAAAUGAUGUCGCUACCUUGCUGAAGAUGUUUCUGGGAGAGUUACCUGAGCCCCUGCUAACUCAUAAACAUUUCCAUGCACACCUCAAAAUUGCUGAUUUGAUGCAGUUUGAUGAUAAAGGAAACAAGACCAAUGUACCUGAUAAGGAGCGGCAAAUUGAGGCUCUCCAGUUGCUCUUCCUCAUUCUCCCUCCACCCAAUCGUAACUUGCUGAAGUUAUUGCUUGAUCUCCUGUACCAGACAGCAAAGAAACAAGACAAGAAUAAGAUGUCUGCCUAUAACCUUGCCCUUAUGUUUGCACCCCAUGUCCUGUGGCCGAAAAAUGUCACUGCAAAUGACCUUCAAGAGAAUAUCACAAAGUUAAACAAUGGGAUGGCUUUUAUGAUUAAACACUCCCAGAAACUUUUUAAGGCUCCUGUUUAUAUUCGGGAAUGUGCCAGAUUGCACUAUUUGGGCUCCAGAACUCAAGCCUCAAAGGAUGAUCUUGAUCUGAUAGCUUCAUGUCCUACUAAGUCCUUCCAACUGGCAAAAUCUCAGAAGCAGAACUGGGUAGAUUCCUGCUCUCACCAGGAGGAGACCCAGCAGCGUACGGAAGAGGCAUUGAGAGAGUUGUUCCAACAUGUUCACAGUAUGCCAGAGUCAGCGAAGAAGAAACAGCUUAUUAGACAGUUUAAUAAGCAAUCUGUGACCCAAACACCAGGGCGAGAAUCUUCUACUCCUCGGGUACAGAAAAGAGCCCGUUCACGUUCCUUCAGUGGCCUUAUUAAGCGGAAGGUCCUGGGAAAUCAGAUGAUGUCAGAAAAGAAAAACAAGUACCCUACUCCGGAAUCUGUAGCCAUUGGUGAAUUGAAGAGAGCCAGCAAAGAAAAUAUGAACUUAUUACUUUCUGGCUCUCCAGCUGUCACGAUGACACCAACAAGAUUGAAAUGGUCUGAGGGGAAGAAAGAGGGGAAAAAAGGAUUCCUCUAAAGGAUCCAGAGUGCUCCUGUUGUCCACCUGGAAUUUUCUCUUUAGUGGGCCAGGCAUCAUUACUGCUUACAAAGAAGCUUGGACUAGCAGCUUGCUGCGUUUUGCAUCGUGAAAGUCAGCUAAUCCUAUGAUCUGACUGAUACCUCUAACCCCGCUCACUGGAUAAUGUCUGCAGACUCUGUCUCCUGAAUGGGUGCUGGCAUCUCUCUCUUUCUUUCUCUUUGAAAACAUUGUGGGGAAACCACUAACCAGCCAGCCAGCUCACACAGCACAGUAAAUGGGCAGAACCAGGUGGGCUCCAGUGCUCAUUCCAUCUAUUUGUUUAAGCAGAUAUUAUUUUUAAAAAUAUGAAAGCUGUGCUUAACUACCAGUUAUUAUUAUUAUUUUUUGUAAGUACUGUCAGUCUUGGCGGAUUGAUAUUUUUUUUUUUUAACUUGGGGCUUUUUUCUGUUUUGGUAGUAUGGGUGGUAUUUUGGUUGUUUCUUGUUUAUUUGUUUGUUUUUUUAAAGCCAUUUUUUGGAUAGGUCCUUUAAAUUGUGCCUAAGACAGAUGUCUUUCCCUUUUUUUUCACCUUAAGCUUUGGGAAAGCUCUUAAUCUCAUGAAGCCAUAUUCCUCAAUAACAUAUGUGUCCAAAGAACUUGCAGCUUUCCUGAAAAUACAAAAGUUAUUUCUUGGAUCUGAGAUUGCAGGGUAUUUGACCUGCGUUAUUGAAAAAGGAGAAUUCAGAGUGAUAGCAUCUUUUAACAAAUGUCAGUUAUUAAACUGUGUCCCUUCCUCCCUCCCUUCCCUCUCUUCCCCUUUCCUCAGUGCUGCCAAAGUACUUGUGUGGUUGCUGAGCUCGUCUUCUUCAUUCAGUCUCCCCUCGCCUAAAACUUCUCUGGCAUCACUACUUCUGUGCCAAAUCACUGUGACUCGAGGACAGUCACCGAUGGCUCGAUAGAGAUUUGCUGAAAUAUCUGAAUGUAUUGGAAACUCGGGCUUUAUGUCCAGGGUGACUCCUCGUGGGUGGGAUUAUAGUGCAUCCUUCUAAGGGGUCAGGUGUGCAGGCUAGCCUGUCUCCUGAGAGCAAACUGGAGUCCCAGGGAGGAAGUGGGCAUCACUCUCGGCAGGGCUGAGAGGAUUUGAAAGAGCACGUUCUCCUUUGGAAGCGGUUGGGGCUUAUCACCAGUGUUUGCGGAGGGUUGCCGCACCGCCCCUCUCCUUGUCAGGACGGGCACAGGAGUAGUUUGGAGGUGGGGCUGGGGCUUUGACUGGGUUGGGGAUGUUCGCGUGUGUUUGAGGGAAGCAGCGGCGUGGCUUCGGUCUGGUGUAACUACUCACUGCCUAGAGAGCGGCACGUGGCCGGCGAGAGCGUUUGGAGUGGGCCUGCUCUGUGAAGCUGUGUGGCGGCCCUCACCCUGUGCCGGAGCCGAGUCGGGCUCCGCGGGGGAGCAGCUGCCCAGCGAGGUGGGACUUGCUGACUGUCUUUAAACUCCUGAAAAAGCUGCGUUUCUGCUGAAAUGGAGGAUGCCGCUGGGGGAGCACGGUUUGGUUUGUUUUGUGUCCAGCUGUCAGUCCUCUCUUCCAUACUUCCUGUUUCGUUGGCUGCUGUAACAGCAGUGUGAAGAGAAGGAUGAAAUUCGGCCUUCCAGCUCGAUGGAUUGUGAACCGUAGAUGGUGAGGAGUGUAAGCCUGCUUAGAAGCCCCUUUCUCUAGAACAUUUUUAUGUCAUUCUUAAAAAUACUUGUUAGCAAAUUUAUUUGUGUAGGUUUCUCUUUGGCUUUUCCUUAUUGAGAAAAUAAGCACCAGCUACCAGGGAGUGCAGAGCCUGCUUUAAUAUGACCAGACUGAACUAGAGUUCUCCCUUAACCCGCUACUUCCUUUCUUUAUCAAAGUGGUUCAUCCCAGAAUGGCGUGGCGUCAGGUGGGAAGAGCAGAGCAGUGACCUGGUCCCUUCCUGUCAUCAGGUGUGCUCUGGGGUUCUAUGAGGGAGGUAGCUGAGAUUGAGGAGACGUUCUUUGGUCGAAUGGCAUUGGUAUCCCAGGGUAGUGCGCCGGAGCCAGAGCGGUGUGAGAGAUGCUUGCCACACACGUGCUUGUAUAGCUCGCUGCCUUGGGCACUUCAUGUGUGAAUUUCGGUAUGUGUGUUUCAUUUAAGUUAUUUAUUAAAAAUACUUUCCCUUGCUUAAAGGGUGUGAUAGGUCAUUUUUAAAUAGAAGCUGUGAUCCA